CGGAAAACAUUCGACUUAAAGCCAAAGCCUUAAAGCGUCUUCCUCCUCCAGCUCUUGUUCAGUCCAGUCAAAGCAAAGGGAAGCGAGUCCCAAAGAGUAAAGACGGAAAUUCUCCUUGGUCGCCAUCGAUCCUCCUCAUAUGCUCCAUUCCUGCUACUAGGAGGCAGAGCAAAGCUAAUCGUUGAUCCCAUGAGGCGCCUCGUGUUCGCCGAGCUCGUGGUCCUCGCCGCGGCAGCCUUCUUUGCGUUCCUGUUGCUCACCGUACACUGCUGCCGCCGCGGUUGGAGCAGCAGCAAGGGGCCGCCGUCGCCGGCGGAUCUUCUGCCCGUGUCGGAGCCACGGCAGCUGCCCGGCGCCAGGAAGGAGCGCCCCCUCGAGCGGCUGCGUCGGGUGCUCCUGCGCCUCUGCUCCCGCCGCUCACGCGUCGAACCGGCGGCUGCGUCCGCUGGGACGUCGCCCGGAGCCCAGGGGAUGGUCGUCCCGGUGCAGCCGGCGCAGCAGGCGGGGCCUGAGGAGGAGGUGGCGGCGUGGAGGGAGCGCUGGUUCGACGGGCCAGUGUCGCGCGCGCUGUACACCAUCGACGAGGAAUCAUCGACGUCCUCGUGGACGCCGACGGCGGUGUCGGAGGGCGACGUCCAGAGCCAGUGCGGAGGCGACCGCCAGGAGCCCGAGACGCCGUUCUACACGCCGCCGGCCUCGCCGCAGCAUGAACCAGAGCAGUCGGAGCUCGGAAGUUAGUCGAUCCGUCGCACAUUUCCUCUCAUAGAUUUCCAUCUUAUUUUCCAUCGUUACUUUUUCUUUUCGAGCAUUCUCUACUGUGAAAUACUACAAGAAAAAGAAAGCAGAGCAGCAGCAGGAUAGAUUUGACUAGGCAACUGAUUUGUUUCUUGGUUUCAUGGAAGGAUAUGGAUAUGCAUGCAGAUUAAUACA